GUAAGUCUGUAGAGAAAGCAAUGCUCUACAAGGAAAUGCCGUGUGAGGUUAACUUGGUGUUGGGUCAUAACCACAGUGUUGAGAGUGCUGCUGCUUUAAGAUUUAGACAACCAUCAAGUGAUGUCAAAGAAAAAUUAAUAUCCCUGUUUGAAAGAGGUCAUUCACCAGCCACUGCUCUUGAGUCAAUAAAGGUUGAAAUUCAGCUGAAUUGUUCAGAUUACCCUUUAGUCCUUGCAGACAGAAGCAGGUGUCCUGAUUACAACUUUUGCCACUAUUUGUUCAACAAAGUUUUUAAGAAAAAGUAUGGGCCAACAGACUUGAACAAAGAUGGAAAGCAGCUGUUACAACAGAGGUUAGAGGAAUACAACAGCGAAGUUGGAGCUGUGUGUGCCAAGAUGAUUCAGUAAGAUGAUGAUUAUAUAGUAUGGUAAGAGUAUAUUUACAAAUUUGUAGUCUGAUGAAAACUUUAUGCAUAUACAUUUAGCUACUAUUAAUAUUUGUAUAAUUGUUUUUCAGCAUUUGCUCACCACUGAUGCAAAAAGUCCAUACUCGUGUAAAAGCUGCUUCCAAACUUGUAUUUAUGGAUUCCACUGGUUCUCUGGAUCAUGACAGCAGCAGAGUGUUCGUUUUACUUACUCACAGUGAGUGUGGAGGUUUACCACUAGGAGUUCUGAUUAUGUCUUCAGAAAGCUGCGGAGUUAUAGAAAUGGGACUAGAGUUGCUGAAAGAGAUAGUGGGGGAAAAUAUUUUGGGGGAAACAUCAAUGGCCCAAGUGUGUUUCUGACUGACGACAGCCAGUCAGAACAAAAUGCAAUUAGAAGGUGCUUCCCAAACACAAAAGCUUUGUUGUGUAUAUUCCAUGUCCUGCAGGCAGUGUGGCGCUGGCUUCUCAAAGCAAAAAAUGCUAUACCACAGCAAAAACAGUGCGAGUUCUUCCAGAAUUUCAAAAAAAUAAUGUUUGCGCAAACAAAAAAUGAAGCAGUGGUAAACUAUAAUGUAACAAGAGCGAACAUCGGUGAAAAUAAUCAAAAUUUAUUGAAAUACUUGGAAGGGUGUUGGGAUAGGCGAGGACUGUGGACCCUUUCACAUCGGCGAGGUAUGCUUAUAGAAGGGCACAACACAAAUAAUAUAACUGAGGCCUUCACGAGAAUUUUAAAGGAUAGGAUUAUUGAGAGAGUGCGUGCCUUCAAUGUGGUUCAGAUGGUGGACUUUUUUCUCACAAAGGUGAAUUUGUAUUUUCAGAGGAGACUUCUUGAUGCUGCUAAUGGAGCAAGUCCUAAGUCUUUCUGUAGGCCUAAAAAGGCUCCUUCACAGGAGAUUCUAGCAAAAAUCAGACAAGUCAAUGAGGAUGUUCUGCUCAUUCCCAGUGAAGAAAGGGAGAAUCAUUAUUACAUUGUUAAUAUGGCUGUUCUUGUUUGCACUUGUUGCCAAGGCAAUACAGGGAAGAUCUGCAAACAUAUAGACUGGGGAACUACAGGGAGGUGACGGAUAGUGACAGUGUACGUAGACUGUAUUAUUUUAUUGCUACAGAUGAGGAGCCUCCUGAAGGGUGGCUAGAGCCUCUGUAUUGCUCUCAGAAUGCAGGGGCUUCAAGUUCUUCGGAACGUUUGGAGCAAACGGACACAGGUUUGCUCUGUGAAAGCCAAGAAGAGAUGCCAGAGACACUUCACAUGGAGACAGUUCCAGACAAUACAAAUAAUGAUUUAAUCGACGAGAUAAAAGCUCGUCUCAUAGAUUUUUCAAAUAAAUCCCCUGAGGAAAUGAGGACAGGCCUUGAAGUCAUGUGCGAAAAAUUGAGAAAGCUUGCAUCUUAUUUGGCAAAUUUUGGUGAAGGAAAAUCUAGAAAAAAUCGCGGUAACUAUAUUCCCGUUCAGUCCACUGCAAUAAGCAGAAGAAAAAACAAGUUGGCAGGUCGCAGAUGUCAUCCGGGGGGAAGACAAAGACCACGCUCUAAGCAAAGCGAGGAAUUUGUAAAGACAGUAGAAAUUUCUGAAAUGGCUACCUUUCCACCACCAGCUACGCAGUCAUCCCAGUCAGCUUCAGACUUUUGAAGGUGCGCGACUGUUUACUGCAGCAUAGUGUGUAGGAUUUUCUUAAUCUGAGAUCCAACGUAAUGGAACUAUUAAGGGAAUGAUUCUAGUAAGUUUUUUCUUAAAGCUCAGGCCUAGCCUGACUGCUGAAAUAUAUUAAGUUUUUUUGUUGUAGCUAGGGUCUGACCCGAUUAUUCCCGGCGGAGUCAGGGAUUUUCUCUGCCUCGUGAUGACUGGGUGUUGUGUGAUGUCCUUAGGUUAGUUGGGUUUAAGUAGUUCUGAGUUCUAGGGGACUGAUGACCAUAGAUGUUAAGUCCCGUAGUGCUCAGAGCCAUUUUCUAACCCGAUUAUUGAAAUAAGUUUUUUCUUAAAGCUCAGACCAAACUUACUAUUGAAAUAUAGAAGUUCUUCUUUAAAUUGGGAUAUCCCAACAAUGUGGAUACUUAUUGUGUAUGUUGCACAAGUUUCAGGGAAAUGUGAAUUAUCUUUUUUUAAAAUGUAAACUACAUUUUAUAUUCUGCAUAUGACUCUUUUUUAUUUACAUCUGUUCCUUCAGGUU